GACAAUGAAACUGAAACACUGUCCAAUUUAGUGUUGGAGGUUUCAUGGCUAAAUUUGACCAGCCUGGUGGCCAAUCUUCAUUGAUCGCACAUUCCACCAGUAAGAGCAGAGUGUGAAGGUUUAAUUAGCAGAGUAAUAGCACAGUUUUGCUUAAAAUAUUGCAAUGCACACAACAUUAUGGGUGACAUAUCAGAGUUCAAAAGAGGACAAAUUGUUGGUGCACGUCUCGCUGGUGCAUCUGUGACUAAGACAGCAAGUCUUUGUGAUGUAUCAAGAGCCACGGUAUCCAGGGUAAUGUCAGCAUACCACCAAGAAGGACGAACCACAUCCAACAGGAGUAACUGUGGACGCAAGAGGAAGCUGUCUGAAAGGGAUGUCCGGGUGCUAACCCAGAUUGUAUCCAAAAAACAUAAAACCACAGCUGCCCAGCUCACUGUAGAAUUAAAUGUGCAUCUCAACUCUCCUGUUUCCACCAAAACUGUCCUUCGGGAGCUCCACAGGGUCAAUGUACAUGGCCGGGCUGCUAUAGCCAAACCUUUGGUCACUCGUGCCAAUGCCAAACGUCGGUUUCAAUGGUGCCAGCAGCAAAAAUCUUGGGCUGUGGACAAUGUGAAACAUGUAUUGUUCUCUGAUGAGUCCACCUUCACUGUCUUUCCCACAUCCGGGAGAGUUACGGUGUGGAGAAGCCCCAAAGAAGCGUACCACCCAGACUGUUGCAUGCCCAGAGUGAAGCAUGGGGGUGGAUCAGUGAUGGUUUGGGCUGCAAUAUCAUGGCAUUCCCUAGGCCCAAUACUUGUGCUAGAUGGGCGCGUCACUGCCAAAGACUACCGAACCAUUCUGGAGGACCAUGUGCACCCAAUGGUUCAAACAUUGUAUCCUAAAGGUGGUGCCGUGUAUCAGGAUGAUAAUAUAUAUAUCCUGAUAUCAGGAUAUAUAUAUACAUGUUUAUGUCAAUCAUAAAACACAGCCAAUCAUGACAAUUUUUCUCUGUUUGCUUUCUCAUAUUGCAGCUGAAGAGAUCGCAGUCUGCACACACAUACUUACAUACAAGAGCGCACAUGCAUAGAGAGAUACACCCCUCUGCUUCUUAUGGCUUUCCUCAUAAAACUUGAGGGAUUUAUUAUAUAUUUCUGCUAUUAAAUGUCUAUAAUCAGUCUUUCCUCAUCCAUGUUUCACGAUUAAUAUUAAUAAUGCUGUGGGAAACAAAUUUUCUACUGUUCUCGCAGAGGAAGGAUCACUAACCUAUUCGGGAAAGGUCGUAAACAUUCUUUCUCGCAACCAAAUGGGUUGCAAAUCUUAGUGGGUAAACAUAGUGUCUAAUAGGGGGUAGGGGAAAAUGAGGAGUCUGCUUAAAACACAACCUGAAGGAUAGCCUAUCAAAAUCUGUAUAAAUACCAGAGGUUUCUUGUCUGUCUGUGGAGAUCUUGAUGACCACAGCACUUCUGAGUGUGUUCUAAUCUUCAAUAAAAGAUUCCUGCAACAUACUUCCAAGUCUCCGUGAUCGCUCUUCUACUGGUCUUCGUUUAAUUUACAACAGUUGGUGCCAUGCCCCGGAUAGAAGUUGAUACAAGAAUCAGAUGCCAGAAUUCACAUCAGUUGGUGCAAGGAACCUGAAAGGGCUAACUGAUCCAGAGCUGAGCCUACCCCAGUGACUGGGGUCCUUAUCACCUGAAACAAGUCCAGACUGAACUUCUGCAACUCAACUCUCAGAUUUGGUCUCAUCCCAGUUGUCAUAUCCAGAUUAAGAACCAUCCAUCACAAUUAUCACCUGAUCAAGGAAUCAUAUUCAUGGCCAAUGGCUCAGAAUUACUGCAGGGUGAUGUACACUGACAUGGCAACAAUCGUAACUGAUGAUGAUUGGUUGCGACUAAACGAAGAAGCGGUGAGCAAAGGCUACACUGGAUAUUCCUGGAUUGGAUUGUACAAUGAUGUCAAUAGCUGGCGCUGGUCAUUAAACGAGCUCCCACUGAAGAAUGUCACUUAUACAAACUGGUACACUGGACAGCCGGAUAAUUAUGCUGGAAAAGAGGCAUGUGGUAUAAUUAAAAGAGUGGGACUCUGGUCAGAUAUUCCAUGUACAUGGCUAAGACCAAUUAUAUGCUACAAUGAUAAUUUCAGUGGUGCUGACAAGUUCAUCGGCAUCUCUAGUCCUUAUAUGACCUGGCCUCAAGCUCAGGCUUACUGCCGAACACAUCAUACAGACUUGGCCAGUGCUCUAAACAGUUCAGAUAACAACUUCCUGUUUCAGGUGAGCAAUAUCCAGGGUGAUUCCUGGAUUGGACUCUACAGAGACACAUGGAAGUGGUCAGAUGGGACAAUCACUUCAAACCUACCAUGGGCACCUGGAGAACCUGAUAAUUAUUGGGGCAAAGAGAACUGUGCAGCACAUUAUAACAACAUGUUUGAUGAUUUUUCAUGCAGCUACCAAAGCUAUUUCUACUGUCACACCAUUCUACCAGUGAGGGAACAGCAGAUUGUAAGACUGCAGGUGAAGUCUGAUGGCAGUGUGUUAGAUCCUGCUGUACAGUCGUCUAUUUUAGAGCAGAUCAAGCAAAAACUGGCAGAAAAGGGCAUGUUAGAGAACACCAAAGUGACCUGGAGGGUGCAGCCAGAUGGAAACAUCUUACACUUGAAAAACAAGGAUGAUCUGUAAUGUCUAAAUCAGGGAUAUCAAACACAAAUUCCAUUUGUGAGAAAUGCUGUAAAGUUGUAAUUGAUGUCUUGUUUGUUUGUUUUAACAUAUUUAAUAUAUUCUUAGAACUAACACCAAUAACCUAGAGGCUCAGAAAAUAGAAUAGGUUUUUCUACAAGAAAAAGGGCCAAUAGAAACUUUUAAAAAAAUUCAUUUAUGGUUAUGACAAUGACAGCUUAACACAAUGUGCUUCUGUCUUUAGAUGUGUGCUUUACUUCAAGCACAGCAUACAGACAUUUGUUUUAACCUUACCACAGUUUCUGCUGCAGCUGAUCUGACUAUGGAAGAAUUUUCCUGAUUUUGGACUAUUACUGUUUACAGUUUCCUUUACAUGAAUGUACAAUGUCCGCAACAUUUCAAACUGAAAAGCGAAGUCCAUUUGCAACUGCAUUUACCAUGUUUUACAGAGGGCUUAGUGCUGUUUCCUCCAGGUACUCUAGUUUCCUCAUUCUGCCCAAACACGGGCCUGAUAGGCCGAUUGGUAUCUAUAAUGUAUGUGUGUGCAGUUGUUGUUGUUGCUUUGUUUGAGGGAACAUAAGUUAGACUAAAUAAAACAUUUUCU